GCCCUGUUGGAGAUGCUCUAAAGCUUGUUUCAGAAAGUCUUGUUUCAGCCAAGGUAGAACUUGGUCUUCAAGUGACAGAGACCAUUGAAAUCAAAGAGAACUCAAGCAUGAAAUGGGGAUGGCUUCAAGGAACACCCGAUCAUGAACCACGCCUGGCUGACUCACCCAUUUCAAGGCCCCUCCUGUCGUCGGCAACAGAUAGUUGUUCAGCUCUGAAGUUCCGGCGCCGAGAUUCACAAGCAAGAUCAAGAUCAAUCACACAGACUACAGAGGAUCAAAAUCCUACAAAAAUACAUACAUAUGGCACAUAAUGAUGGUGAUGAUGUUCAUGCUCAUGCUCAUGCUCAUCUUCAUCACCAACCUCAAGACUUACCCCAAGUAUUGGUCAUCCGCCCACCUCUAUCCUUCUCAAACUUCCAAUCUCAAUACUCCCACAAGUUCCAGUUCUUGAAAGCAUGGGAGUCGCCACUUCCUCUAGACCAGUUCUUGACCACCCGUGCAAACUCUGUCCAAGCCAUGCUCUCCACCGUCAGCUACCCAGUCACCGCUUGUGUCCUCUGUUUGCUUCCCUCGCUGCGUCUCAUCGUCACACCCAGCGCAGGCCUCAAUCACAUUGACUUUGACGAGUGCCGCAGCCGUGGAAUCCGUGUAGCUAAUGCUGGGAACUUGAAUUCUGAAGAUGUGGCCGAUGUGGCCGUGGGCUUGUUGAUUGAUUUGCUUAGAAAGAUUUCGGCUGCUGAUCGGUAUGUUAGGCAAGGCCUUUGGGCUAGCACAGGCGAUUAUCCUCUUGGUUCCAAGUUGGGAGGCAAGCGAGUUGGGAUUGUUGGACUGGGAAGCAUUGGCUUAGAAGUUGCGAAAAGGCUUGAGGCAUUUGGGUGUAUAAUUUUGUACAACUCAAGGAAGGAAAAACCAUUUGUUUCAUACCCUUUCUAUUCCAAUGUUGUUGAGCUUGCAGCCAACAGUGAUGCCCUUGUCAUUUGUUGUGAAUUAAAUGAUCAAACCCGCCACAUGAUUGACAAGGAAGUCAUGUUGGCAUUGGGUAAAAAGGGAGUCCUAAUCAAUGUUGGAAGAGGGGCUAUUCUCGAUGAGAAGGUAAUGGUGUGGUGUUUGGUGCAAGGUGAGAUAGGAGGUGCUGGCUUGGAUGUGUUUGAGAAUGAGCCUGAUGUUCCUAAAGAGCUCUUUGCAUUGGAUAAUGUUGUGCUGUCACCCCACCAAGCAUCCCUUACUUCUGAAUCUUCCAAGGCUUUAUGUGAACUUUUGGUGGCUAAUUUGGAAGCAUUCUUUUCAAAUAAACCCCUGAUAUCUCCAGUCAUGAAUGAUUGAAUGGAUUUUGUUUGCGGGUAGUUUUUUCAUUGUUUUCAAAAGGUUCUGUCGAAAGCUGUGUGUUUUGGGCAAACUGAUUUUCCCUUAAAAAUAAAGCUAUAUAUAUUUUGGUAA